UAGUUAAGAGCAGUAGAUGAUCGAUACAAAUGGAAGUAGUCGGGUGGGGGAAGAGUAAAGAAUGAAGCAAAAUGACGGCUUUGUCUCCUGCUUUAAGCAGAGAAUUCAAAAUGUCGAAUUUAAACCUUAAUAGUAGUAUUUGGUAAAAUCCAAGAUUCAAAUUUGGCCACCAUUCAGAUCUAUCUUUCCAGGCCACGCCUCCCAGAGACGAGGAAGAAGAAGACGAAAAAGAGGAAAACUCUCCCAUCAAUGUCCGAUACAGACUUCGAUCUCAGACCUUCAACUCACUCGAGUUUCGGCAUGGGUGACUACUCGUUCGCCGAUGUCGGAAACUUGGAGCAUUGCACUAAGUACUUGAAUCAGACGCUCGUUACCUUCGGAUUUCCGGCGUCUCUCGAUCUGUUCGCGGACGAUCCGGUUUCAAUUGCUCGCACUUGCAAUUGCAUUUAUGCUCUGUUACAGCAGAGGCAACGCGAUAUUGAAUUUAGAGAGUCUGCUAAUGAUCAGAGACAAAGACUUGCAUCAGACAUAUCAAGGUUGGAGGCUAAAGUAGAAAGGCUUGAAGCACAGUUAUCAGCAAAAGACAGGGAGAUAGCAACAAUUACUAGAACGGAAGCUAAAGCUACUGCAACUUUCAAAGCCCAAAUUGAGAAGUUACAGCAGGAACGAGAUGAAUUUCAAAGGAUGGUUAUUGGUAACCAGCAAGUGCGAACUCAACAAAUACAUGAGAUGAAGAAAAAAGAAAAGGAGUAUAUAAAGUUGCAGGAGAGGCUAAACCAAGUAUUAAUGGAGAAAAAGAAGGAAUCUAGAUCAGGAAUGGAGAUAAUGAAUCUACUUCAGAAAGAAGGUCGACAACGUGGAACAUGGAAUGGGAAGAAGGCUGACAAUGACUUCUACAAGAAAAUUGUGGAUGCUUAUGAGGCAAAAAAUCAAGAACUAGUGGCAGAGAAUGCUGAUUUGAGGGCAUUAUUACGAUCAAUGCAGGUGGAUAUGCGUGAUUUCUUGAAUGCUCCAAAUGGUUUAGCCAAGCAAUCUUUACCAGUUAAUGAAAGACUGGAUGCUGAUCCCUCACAGUCGCCAUUGGGCGGGAGGACGGAUGUGUUUGACCUGCCUUUUCACAUUGCUCGAGAUCAAAUAGAAGAAAGUCUUCGAACUAAAAUGGCGUCUAUAAAGGAGCGCAUGGGCCAGCUGCAAGAUGCACAAAGAGAGGCAGAAGUCAGUUCUGAAGCAACUGAAAGGGAGCUUGAGCUUGAAGCUCAGCUAGUUGAGGCAAGGAGCAUAAUCCAGGAGCAGGCAUCCAUAAUGUCUAAACAUCUUGCCAAAUCCGAGAGGCCAAGGAGGCUGAGUGGCCAUUUGAAUUCUGACAGGGAUUCAAUUAUUUCAUCACCAGCUGAGGGGCUGUGAAACCACCUAAGCAGAGUUUGCAAUGCUAUCGUGCUGGCUGUUCGUUUUCAAUCCAAAUUGAUACUAUUUUGGCAUGGGGUGGAUGGCUGCUGUGCCGAUUAAGCUUAAUUACAAUUAGAUAGAAUGUAGGAGGAGGAUCUAUGCUUAGUUUGGCUAAGAUAUGGAGGAUGAUAUAUUUGUACCUGUAGGAAACUCGAGUGUACUUCUUGUAAGCCGUGAUGGCGGGUUUGGUUAGUGUAUGAUUGUUCCUUAGUUGGAGCUUAUACUGAUACGCACAUAUGAAAGAUGAUUGGAGGGAAUAGUUCUCUAUCAAAUUCUUUGGCUUCCGUAAUUUUCAUUAGAUUUUACAUUAU